AUGCAAAGGCUGAAGAGCGUGCUUGAUAACCCUGCGGGGGAGGCUGAGCGAAAAAGCCAAGAGGCCGACCUCUCCGAGUCUCCGAGGGAACAGCUGUUCGCUGACUCUGGCCCGCUCUUGGGGCCUCCGCCGUCCUGGCUGCCCAAGAGUCUCUCCAAAGAAGCAGAGGAGGCGGCUGAGCCCUACCUGCGGAAGGUGCACCAGGCUGGCACGACCCUCCUCAGGCUUUGUGGAGGAUGGAAGGAGGCUGUGGGAGCGCUGCGCUACGCGUGGAGGACUCGGGGAGAAGAUCACUUCGCAGAGCUUUUCGAUCACCACCUCGAUAGUCACCUUCCGGAGGAUCUCCUUGCGUGGGUUAGAAGAGUUGCCCAGGAAGGGGUAAAGGCCGAGUACCGGGGCACGCAGCGUGCCCGGGUUAAAGCCACCCCGCAUCCCUCUCUUAAGGAUCAUGUGGAAGAAGCUCGGCAACUAAUCUGGCAGGACGCCACGCGAGGACGAGUGCUCUUGAUGAGCCCCGGCCCCGAUGAAGAGGACCUGUUAGAUGGGGUGGUAUCUGUACCAUUGGCAAGAGUGCCGAAGUACAACCCAGACAGGUCAGUCUCCUCCAAAGGGAGAGUAAUAUGGGACGCCAGAGUCGUUAAUGAGCUUUGCCAUAAGGACGACCAUUUUCCAGCCAUCCAACCAAGAUACGCUGAGGUAGUAAGGCUGGUGAUGUGGUACAAGAGCCGGUACCCCGGCGUCCGCGUCUUAUUGGCAAAGAAAGACGUCUCAGAAGCCUUUAAGUGGCUUUGGGUCGAGCAGGACGACUGCAGGCUUUUCGGAGCGGAUCUUCCCACUGAAGGGGCUACCCGGGACAGCCGUGGCGACGCUUCGCGCCCGGUUACGGUUUUGUACCUCGCAAUGACGUUUGGAUGGACGGGGGCCCCAGGAGAGUUCAUGGCUUUCGCAUGGGCAAUCAAGUUGCUGCACAGAGCAUGCGGGCCCGACCGGCCCGAGUGGCACGACUCGUCCUCCUUCCGGUCGCUCGCUUUAAUGGACGACUCGGUUGUGAUCGAGCCCGACUUGGGCCUACGCCCUCAGCUGUCGGUCGACGCUCUGGAAGAAGCGAUCCGACAGACUCUGGGGCCACUCGCCAUCAACGCAGCCAAAGACGUCGAGGAGGGUACCCUCACCACGAGAAAAUUGAUUUGGGGCCUAGAGUUCGAUACAGAAGCCGGAACCUGUCGGCUCCCACCUCUCAAGGUCGAACGAGCCUACCACGUCCUCCAGUCCCGGUACUUCGACGCCGGCCAGACCAAGGUACCGCUCAAAGAAGUCCAGGUGUUGCGGGGCUCUCAACAGUUCUGGCUAGGGGUCCUCCCGCAACUCGCCCCUUACCUCCAGAGCACUAAUGCGCUUUUGGGACCCGCUGACCGAGAAGGCCACGUCGUCCUACGCGGGAAUGAGGCGGAACAGUCCGCACAGUGGGAAGCAUUCUGGAGCGCCAUCGAGCUGCAAAGGCUGCUGGUUGGUUCGCGGCAAUUUUGGGAGGCGCGAUUCGUCUCACAGCUCGAGCACGCCCUCACCACGCCUGAACUCUUGGCCCUACCAGAGGUCAAGCGCAACCUGGUCUGGGUGUCAGCUGACGCCACGCCCACCCGGCUGGGAGCGAUCGCCAACGCCCAGGAUUCCACCGACCUCGAGGCUCGUACCGAGCCCGAGGAGGACUUGGUGCAAAUAGGCAGCGUGGUUCUGUACUUGGGAGACAACACCAAUGUGCAAGAUUGGUUGCGCAAGCGACAAGCCGGGAAUGCGCAAGCCAACCACCUCCUGAAAGUCUUGGGAGCGUUAGAGGGGGUCCAUGGCCUACAAGUGAGGGGGGCAUACCUUCGCACUUAUCACAACCAAACCGCCGACGACCUGACCCGGCUUGACCCCGACAAAGUCAUGGAGCAACAGAGGCUGACUCGCCUCAGUGUUCCAGACGAUUGGGGCCGAGUGCUGGAAGAAGCUUGGAGGAUUGGACCGGCCCCUCCACGGGCCAUGCCAGCGUUCGGUUGGAAGGUGCACGAGCUCGGUGCUUCGGAGCACGGCGUGUACACCCGGGCUUUCUUCGCCGCUGGAGGCUUGAAGCACGACCCCCAAGACUCUUCAGCCACUUUGGAAGGGGCACCCACCGUGGAGCGUUCCGCUCCCGGUGAGGAGGCCGCGAGCAUUUGGAUAGACUCUUUUCGCCCACUCGCGGUCGAAGCGAUUUGCACAGAAGAUGCCCAGAACCGCUGGGAGUGGUGGACGGAGGAGUUCACCGGCCGCACCUUUAAAGAACAGGUCCAUAAGCUUCUCGGGGGAAGGGGCUGGGACGCCACAGAUGACGAUGAGAGCGAUGCACGUCUUGCCCUGCAUGCCCCACCCUACGCCCUCGCAGCUUUUGCUGCUGAGUUUGUAGGCUCCCUCCCCCCUGACACGUCGUCCGACCGCAGCCGUUUCAGCUCUGAAGGGGGCGGUGCGCUCCCUAGCGAAGGCAAGGCAGGAGCUUGUGAGCUCCCGUGGGAAGACGACGCAGAGGCCCUGGUACGCCUGUGGCUCGGAGGAAAACUCGAGGGUAGGUCCGAGACCCGCUGCUCCGGCAUGGGCGGCAAAGGCAACCAGAAGGGAAAAGGAGCCCAUAACGGGCGCAGGGACCAGGAGAAGCUGGAGCGUCUCCGUGGCUCGUUCCGAGCCCGGAGUGACGCUGACCGGCGAAGGCUGGUCAAGAUCCUCAGACACGAGGACCUCAACGAGUGCGUCGGAACCAUAUCCGGCGAAGAUGCCGCCCGAAUCAUUGGGCGAGACGAGAAAGAUAGGCUAAUUCUUUCUCAAGAGGGCGAAGAAGUGUGGGUGGCGGCCGUGUCAGGUCACACCAUAGCAGGGGUUGUGGGGCCUGGCAGAGAGCUGCCCCUACAGGAGGUUCCAGAGGUGCUUGUGCACGGCUCCUACGCGCGGCACAGCAACAACAUCCUCAAGGAAGGAUUGCACGCGCGUAGAGCGAUCCACCUCCUCUCCUGUGGGUCCAAACACGGCAGGUGGAGAUCGGACAUCGAAACCUCCGUGUUUGUUCUCGCCAGAGAAGCCGCUCGGUACGCCCAGGUUCGGUUCCUACUUACUACCAAUGACAUUUACCUGGCACCGGACGGAAUACCCCCUGAGUAUAUCUCGCAGAUCGAGUCCUGGCGGAAAGGACCGGUUCCCUUCCCACCGCGAGCAGCGGGGUCUUCCGUGGGGCGUUCCGCUCCCGGAACGGCCGCCGGCUCGCGCCGGGAAGGAGCUGCGAAAACCGCGGCCGAAAAAGCCCAACAAAGGGCCGAGGCUGUGGCUGAGCACAAAGAGGCCGCACGCUUUACCGAGAGGCAAGAGGCCAGGCGUAAGUUGGCGUCGGCCGCGCCCCGGGGCACAGUGGGCGUGGGGUCGGGCGAAGAGAAGAGCGAGCUUGUGGAGAACCUUACGUCCCUGGCGCAAGCGUUCUCCAAGAACCGCGACGCCUGCGCGCAAGCGGCGACCUCGAGGGCAGCCACUCUCGCGGAGCUCGAGGGCGCAGAAGCCGCCUACUUCGCGGCGCUUUCCCCGGCCCUGGCAGAACUGGAACGCAAAAACCCAGUGAGGCCCAGUAUGGAUAAAAGCGUCGGGUGGAUCAACCACGCACGUUUCCUGCAGGACAAGGAAGCCGCCGGAGUGUGGGUGGCACGCAGAAAGGAGAAAUCCCGCCUGCGAGCUGCUGCACACCGAGCGGCUCAGCAGACUGCCGAAGGCGGCGGUGCAGGGGUGCAAGACCCGGUCCGCGACCAGGCGGACGCAGCCAGCCACCUCAACUUUCAAAUGAAUGAGGCGGCAAGGGACAACCUGCGGCGCUUCCAGGCAGAGCUGCGAGCUGGGGAGCUAUAG